AUGGGCCUGACUCGCCUCCAGGAGCAUUCGCCACAUGUGGAACUAGUGCGGUCACUAAGCGGUGGGUGUCAGAACUCCACGGAAUUCAGCCCACCUCUCGAUUCCCGAAGGCUAGGUGACCAGACCUGGCACAAAUUGAGCCUAUUGGCCGACUCGUCACGAAGAGCCAGAGCAACCGGUGGCCUCACUCCUGAACGGGACUCGAUGUCAAGUCGGCAACGUCUGAUGAAGUAG